UCCUCAUCAUCAUCAUUGAUAGUGACAGCUGCGCCUGAAUGCCGAGAAAGGACUAGUCCACGAUGAGGUGAUGUUACAGCACGAGAAACACGCUGCGUCCAUGAGCAUCCUGUAAUUAGGCUGAACGUGUUCUCAGUUCUCCCAUAAUACCUGGUGUAGCCUGAAUAGAUGGAUGACACAUGCAAGGAGCGAAAACUCCUCUCUUUUCUUUUUUACCAAGCUGUGCGGGACCAUAAACCUGUGUGGAUGUUGGAGGACAUGCGCAACAUGGAGACAUUUCACUGGGAAGAAGGCACCCGGCAACGGACGUACACUCCUUCCGAGGCGCUUCUGUAUGCCAUCGUGCACGACCACCGAGCUUAUGCACAAUAUUUGCUGAAUCAGUUCUCAGAUGGUGCUCUUGCCAUGCCAGGCAAGAAUUUCUGCUGCUGUCCAUCUUCUGCUCCACACUUGGCCAUGGCUGUCCGCUACGAAAGGAAGGACAUCAUGGCUCUCAUCCUUCAGGUGGCACAUAGAAUGCCCACUCUGCGCUCAUACAUGAACCGAGGUGGAUGCAACCACAUUGAGGAUGGCAAAACUCCACUCCAUCUGGCAUGUGAAUUAUCACACUCAGAGGCUGUCAUAAUGUUAUUGGGAAAUGGGGCUUCACCGCAAGCUGAGGACCACAAUGGUAUGACACCUCUGGAUCUCAUCCUCGAGCAGCUCUGGACCUCCAAAGUGAACACAGGCGCCAAGAAGCUGUGCCUUGAGAGCCUGCUCAUGUUCAUGCCUGAGGUGCGGUUCAAAAUGAAGAGCUCACUGGAAAAGGAUCCACAGUGCUGGUCCAAAGUUCUGGGAGAGGAGAAGUUUAACUACCUAGUCGGGAGAAUUCCAGGAACACUCUUUCUCAUUGCUAUGCAAAGAAUCCUGUCUCGACUGCCUCCCCAAGAAUUUCCAAAAAGUCUGGACAAACUGCCCAUUCCAGCUUCUCUGAAAACCCUCACACAGCCCUUAAUGCAGACCUAACAGUGGCCUAAGUCCUAUUGAAACAUACUUGGAAACUGCGUGUGUUUUUUUGUUUGUUUUGUUUUGUUUUGUUUUUCUUUUCCUAUCUGGAUGGCAUGAAUUUAACAUGUAUGUACUGUGUGUGUGUGUGUGUGUGUGGCAUGAAAUGAAUGAUCAAAGCUAUCACUGUAACUUGGGUAAGCAAAAACGUCUUCCUGUUCUCAGAUUAAAUAAUGGAAACACCUCUUUUUUUAAAAAAUAAAUAAAUAAAUAAAUAAAUAAAUAGGACAAUAUUUUUAUGUGACUAAAAGUAACUGAAAAAGCAAUGUAUGUAUUUCCUAAUGGUUUUAAUGAUUAUGCAAUUACUUAUAAUGCAUUACUUUUGAGAACAUGCUUGUAUGUGUCUUACUGGAAAACUGUUUUUUCCUCCUCACUGUUUAUCAGCAUGGUUUUAAAUGCAAAAAAAAUGUAAACAGUUUAAAGUCAAAAGACUGAUCUUGAUUAGAAAACCGUUAUAACAUUAUAAUGUUUUCUGUAUUUGAUAGUGUGUCCAACUGAAAGGCAGUAAAAAGACAGAUGUCUUCUCAGAGAAUUCACUCCCAUAAUUCUGUUCACUGGACAGCGAUAUACUUUAUAUAAUUUUUAAUUUACAAUUGUAAGGUAUGUUUUGAAUUACAUUAUCAUGAUACAAUUAUGACAAUACAACUAUUGAAAGAGAGACAAUUAUUAUAUGAAAAUCUGGGCACGUGCCUACCAACAAUAUUUAAUAUGCAAAUCUGGAAGUGUUUUCUUCUGUGUACUGUCCAGCUGUGAUUUAACUGUAACCAUUAUUAAGUCAAGUUAUUUACCUAUUGUGGAUAAAAGAACAAGGGAUAUAUGAAUUAAAAAAAAUCUUUCUGACCUCUUCUGAAAUCA